AUGCCGAUUCUACCGACGACAGCACCGCGCUCGUCUUUCCACGAGGAAAUGCUACACAAACAAAGGCGACCGAAAUAUUGGACAGCAUCGAUUCCAAUAUUUUUACGACGGUUGUUCCGUUUUCCGCAGAUGGAUUUUGAGCUUGCCUUCUGGCAAAUGCUUUAUCUAUGUAUAGCACCAAGAAGAGUGUGGGUAGAAACUUUGCAAAUAUUUGUUGAAUUCAUAAGAUUCUUUUGGCACAAAAUAUGCUCACAAUUUCGAAUCCGGUAUAUAGAAACCAAGAAUCAAUGGGCCAGAGACGAUCCAGCAUUUGUCGUGAUCUUAUCUUUCUUUCUGGUAUCCGCGAUUGCAUGGGGAUUAGUGUAUGGUCACGGACUAGUCGGAAUUCUGAAAAUGAGCCUUUUUAUGGUUUUCAUAGAUUUCGUGGUGGUUGGAAUGGUUAUAUCAACG